AUGGCCUCUCCGUUCCGUCUCAUGCGACCCAUCAUCUCUCAGGCUGCUAAGCCCAGGGCCGUCGCUUUCGCCUCCAGACCUUUCCACAGCUCGGCUGCCAGACUCGCCGUCCGGGAUAUCAAGACCACUGCCGAGUUCAAGGAGCUCGUCUCGACAACAGACAAGGCUGUCCUCGUCGACUGCUUUGCCACCUGGUGCGGCCCUUGCAAGGCCAUCUCUCCCAUCCUUUCCAAGCUCUCUGAUCAGCCUGACCUUCAGAGCGUCGAGUUUGUCAAGUUUGACGUUGAUGAGCUGCCUGAUCUGGCGGCUGCGCUCGGCAUCCGCGCCAUGCCCACCUUUAUCGUCUUCAAGGACGGCAAGAAUGUUGACGAGAUGGUCGGUGCUAACCCUCCGAUGCUCGAGAAAUUGGUGAGGAAGCACGCUUAA